AUGAAAUUUUUCAUCGUUUUCGGGCUUUUUCUUGUCAAUACCGUUUUGGGAUUCUGGAGUCAAUCCGAAGACGAAGUAAAACUCUUCCGAAAUCAAUUUGUGCCAAUCGCUGACAAUCAUCUAAGACUGAUGCAAUUGUAUUUGAGACGAGGCGAUGGUCAAAGCUUCUCCAAACUGUUUCGAAUUCCCACAAAUAUCGCAUUCGCUCCAGAAACCAGCGCUCAAGAAUUAAUGAGCAACGCUCGAGAGCACCCAAUUUGUCACAAUGGAUUGAGGCUUUUGCUGGCCUCGACACCCGAGCCAAUCGGCGCGAAUGGCAUCCGAUUCAAAUACAAAACAAUUUAUAUGAAGAAAAUCGAUAAUCGGUAUAGCAAACGGUCGUAUUCGCGAAUUGUCACCAUCACUCCGAAGCCGGACAGUCCGAGUGGAUGGGCAAUCACUUAUAUGGCUCAAUGA